GGGCGCUGCAGCCCCUCCGUCUCUCCCUCAUUCAUCGAAUGGAAGCGGGUCGGAGGCGCCGGGAUUAGGCUGCGCUGCCUCUUUCCUCUCUCCCUCCCUUCCAUCCUUCCUUCCCUUUCUCCCUUGAUCCCGGGGCGGGAGACGGCGGGAGGGCUGCCGAGGGCGGGACUGCGCCCCCCUCCGUCCCUCCUUCCUUCGCGGGUGGAGUGGCCGGCCGCGGAACAAAGGAAGAGCCCCUCCUCCCCGCCUCCGGACCAAGAUGCCUCGUCUGCUGCGGGAAGGGCCCUCUCCGCCUCCCAUGCUGCUGCUCCUGCUGCUCCUGGCCGGCCUGCCCGGACGCGCCGCUCGGGCUCAGAACUGGCGAAAUGAAAAUUUUGAGCGGCCCAUUGACCUAGAAGCCUCUGGAGAUGACGACUCCUUUGAAGAUGAAGAAAUGGAGGAGACCGAGGAACUGUAUUCAGGCUCUGGCUCAGGAUAUUUUGAGCAGGACUCUGGCAUCAAGACAGUUCUGCAGGUCACAACAGAGGUACCCAUGGUCCUCACGACAACAACUGCAGCAGUGCUGCCAAUGACCUCAGUGCAGCCUGUCGGCAUCCCCUUUGUGCCAUUCCCUACAGAGGAAGCCACCUCCAGGCCAACAACAGAUGCUCUCUUCAUCCCCAGGAUGUCCGAGGCACCUGCAAUCACCAUCCAGAAAGCAAGCGGCGCUGCCACCACAGCCUCCAUGACAAUUGCCAACACCAAGCCAACAACUGUUUCCAGAGUCUUGGUGCCCUUUAUCACUGUCCUAGCCACAACGCAACCCGUCACACUGGAAACACCAACGGCUGUCGUCGUAACUAAGAUGGAAGCCACUGCAUCUCUCCCAGUGACCACCAGCAUGACAAAGGUCAGAAUUAUGCCAAAACUAAGCACACCACAGGAGCCAGAGUUCAGUGAGAAAAGCACCACGCUUCUGCAGCCUUUGAGCCCCACGGCAUCCACAGAAUCCGUCCAGACAGACCCUCUCGAUGUGAGCCUUUCCACUGCAAUAACCAAUGGUGACCCGGAGCCCCCUGUCAGUGGGGACUUUGAAAUCCACGAGGAGGAGGUGGCUCCAACCGAGCUCAGCAAUGAAGUGGCUCCCCUGGUGACUCCGGCAGCUGGACCGGUGCUGAGGAAGAACGUGGAGUCGGGGCUCAUAGACAAUACCAUUGAGUCUGGAAACUCUGCUGCACAGCUUCCCCAGAAAAAUAUCCUUGAAAGAAAAGAAGUACUCAUAGCUGUGAUUGUGGGAGGGGUCGUUGGCGCUCUGUUUGCUGCCUUCCUGGUCAUGCUGUUGAUCUAUCGGAUGAAAAAGAAAGACGAGGGGAGCUACACCUUGGAAGAGCCCAAGCAGGCUAGCGUCACGUACCAAAAACCUGACAAGCAGGAGGAAUUCUAUGCAUAAACUGGAACCGCAAGUGCCUCACUUUCUCUUUCUAUCUCAAUGCCGUCCUUUUUUAAAAGAAAUGAACAGUCUCUCUUGUUGUUUGUCCCGGCUCUUUCAAAUCACAGCUGUGAAUUUUAACAAGGAGGAUUGAAGGCAGCUUUUAACAAUUCUUUUGAAGAAAGAGGCCAUUUUUUAAAAGUCUUGCACGUUUUUAAAAGAAAAUUACAAAGGUCAACAUGGUUCCAGUGGAGAAAGCAUUGCAAGGAGCGCUGGCGCCUGAAGCCAAGAGAUGUGGCCAGUUCUGGACCACUUCUCUUGGUGAAUGUCUGAACUCGUAGCUCAACUAGAAAUGUCCUGGAUUCCUAUCAUUCUCAGGACUACAGACUUGAUUUUUCUUUUUUAAAAAACCAUGAUGAACACUUUUGCUUUCUGGCACUUUGUAGUACUCUUCAUAACAAAAGUUUGACUCUAUUGAUUUCAAGGACAAGGAGGUGUCGCAACCUUCCACCACCUUUUCCUCAAAUCUGUUUGCUUUGCUGCAAUCAAGCCUUGAAUUGCUUCACCAGAGAGCUGACGUGGUCUAUGGAGGGGCCCCUUGAGGAUUGUGCAUUGCUUUCUCUCUGAUGGGACCAUCCUUCACCCCCUUCCUGUUCACAACCGCACACUGCAGGAUUAUUCUGCGCUUGCCGCAGUGUCUUGUUUGGCAUUUUGUCCAGCUGUGCCUCACCAUGACAUUGGAAACUCAGCUUCUCUAGUAUUGGAAUGAAGUUGACGAAGGGACACUUUUCUAGGCUGUUAUUAACAGAAAAAGGGGGACCUAUCAAUGUAGGGGUGGAAGGCAAGAUAUCUUCUAAAUCUGUACAAAGAGUUCAUAUUUCAUACAUAUCAACAAGUCAUUUCCUUCUUUGCUAGGGAAGGAGGAUAGGCAAGAAGGAGAAGAAGAACAAUGUGCAAGCCUGCAAAGCACUUCUACAAAUGUUUGCUCCUAUAGGACUGCAAAAAAAUGAAAGUGGGCAGAAGGCGAUGAAAUCUUUACGUGACUAAUGGGGCUUUCGAACUUUUAAGCAAAUUAACAUUUUUGUUGGCAACUUGGGUGAGCCACGGCUACUGAAGGGCAGAUUGACAGGUAGUCUCGGCCCCUAAACAGAGGGGCAGGUUUUGAAAAAGGAUGGGAUUAUGUGCGAUUAACUAUGACAUAUCUUAAAGUCAUGUCAAGUGUAGAACCAAAAAACAACAGAAAGGAAAUGUAGCAUGAGAAAAAACGUAGUUGGCUAACGUGAAAAAAAUAAGCACGUUUUACGGAAUGCCUCAUAGUCGGAUGCUGUUACAAAGCAUCUGUUACUCCUGGCAAAUAUCUGUUCAUUAGCAACUACUGAACACUGUAUACAUAAAGUCUGGCUAGAGUGCUAUGACCCUCUUUGGUCACAUUUAAAUGGCAUGUCAACAACUAGGAGAGGAUUCAGUAUUGAUUUAGAAAGGAGAUAAUGAGCUUGGCACACAUGAUGCACAAUGGGGAGCUCGGGACCAUAAUUAACUCAGAAGGAGAAGGAGGAGGACAAGCAGAGGAGGAGGAGGAGGGGGGGAGGAAAUGUGCACACAAUCAGUGUUCAGGUUUUUAAAUGAUAGACAAAUUGAUUGAAGGAUGAGGCAGACCGAGUUGGCCUCAACAAAAGAUCUUUCUUCAGAAGUUUCUUCCCUUCUGCGUCCAGGAAAUGGUGUGAUGGGGAGACUAGAGAUCAGCCUAUUGGCCCUACAGUUCCUGCCUUCUUGCUGUCUGUAUCCACAAUUCUCUUUUGAGGGAGGGCUGAACCAUUUGGGCAGUGAAGGGAAUCUGGCUUUCGUUCAGUGGGCUCCUUGCAUAAUUUAGGUGGGAAAUUGUGGCAGUUCAACUGUUCUUAGAGUAGAAAAGGUUCCCUACUGUAGACGUUCCCUACUGCAGACUUUACAUUAAGUCUGGUCUUGGUAGGUGCUUAUUUGUGCCCACAGACAUACCGCAUAAAAUGGUUUUGGCACUAUUAUCUGCCGUAUGCUAACAUGUAAUAUUACUUCUGACUUGGCAGUGAUAUAGAGCUUCUUUCCAGAGGUUUUUUUUGGGAGGGGUGAGAUAGACUUGGGCCUCUUUCACACAGCUGUAUCAAAUCCACAUUGAACUGGAUUAUAUGGCAGUGUGGACUCAGACAACCCAAUUCAAAGCAUAUAUGGUGAAUGAUCUGCCUUGAUAUUCUGGGUAAUAUUGCUGUGUGGAAGGGUCCUUAAACAGCCCUAUAGGUUUUGCCAAUUAAGGGUAAAACAAGUGUCUGAAAAGACCUUGAACUGGAGGCUGUGUGGAUAUGUUGGGAUACGUUUAGUGGCUGAGUAUGGCCCACAGCCCACACAUACCUCCUCCUGCCUUAGAACCCAAGGCUGAAGCCAGUUGCACUCUAGCAGCACUUGGGAAGAGGAGAGGAGCAUUACUAUCCAAAGAGGCAGGAGAUGUCACGUCACGUUUUAUUCUAGGGAGGUGGUAGUUGUAAAGUCAAGUCAAUGUGUGAACGCUGUUACCAACCAUCAACAGUGCUCCCAACUCAGCCAUAAUCAUCUCACUCAGAAUAUGGUAAGAGAGUGUUCAAUUUUGUAUGUUUUGUCAAAAAUACAGUGAAAGGUAAGUUCAAGGAAUCAGUAGAAAACUGAGACAAAAA